UUGGACAGGUGGUCACUGAGCAGCCCAUUAGACUACACAGUUAGUAACGAGAGCAGAGUCAGGUAUCGGAUUCCCGGCAGAGGGGGAAAUAUACACUAAAUGGUAGCAGUUACACACAGUCCAGCUUAAAGUCUCAGUAACAGACGCUGAUACCUGCACAGUCUCCAGUGCUGCUUGAUCAUAACUCAGCCAGCAGUUAAACAGCGGGGAAACCCUGCCUCUGUCUCAUUUCCCAGUGCUCCAACAGCAAUAGUAGCAACAGCAGCUGCAGCUAGAUAGGCAGGGCUGUUUAUGCAGCCACGCAGACAGCCGCCUCACCACACACACACACACACACACACACACACACACACACACACACACAGCAUACAUUUCCAGAAUCAAGGCGUUUUCAUACAAAUCCAGGACCAAGACGAGAGAAGAGCGUUAGGCACGGACAACAGUGCUUUAACACAUUACUGAAACUGCAAACACAACAGGUUCAUGUUGACAGACUACAUAUUUUGAGAGCUGGGUAUUUCAUCAUGAAACAUGCCCUGUACAAUCUUUGACGCUUAGAGCUCUGCCCAACACCUGGAAAACGAAGCCCUCACCUGGUAUGUAAGGAGCUUCUCAUCUCCACCAUGACAAAUCAGGAGAAAUGGGCCCACCUCAGCCCCUCAGAAUUUUCUCAACUUCAGAAAUAUGCUGAGUAUUCUACAAAGAAAUUAAAGGAUGUUCUUGAAGAAUUCCACGGUAAUGGUGUGCUUGCAAAGUAUAAUCCUGAAGGGAAACAAGACAUUCUUAACCAAACAAUAGACUUGGAAGGUUUCAAGUUAUUCAUGAAGACAUUCCUGGAAGCUGAGCUUCCCGAUGAUUUCAUUGCACACCUUUUCAUGUCAUUUAGCAACAAGUUUCCUCAUUCCAGCCCGAUGGUGAAAAGUAAGCCUGCUCUCCUUUCAGGUGGCCUGAGAAUGAAUAAGGGAGCAAUCACCCCUCCCCGUUCCUCUCCAGCAAACACAUGUUCGCCUGAAGUGAUCCACCUGAAGGACAUUGUCUGCUACCUGUCGCUCCUUGAAAGAGGAAGACCCGAGGAUAAACUUGAGUUUAUGUUUCGCCUUUAUGACACAGAUGGGAAUGGCUUCCUGGACAGCUCGGAAUUAGAAAAUAUAAUCGGCCAGAUGAUGCAUGUUGCAGAGUACCUUGAAUGGGACGUCACUGAACUUAAUCCAAUCCUACAUGAAAUGAUGGAAGAAAUUGACUACGAUCGAGAUGGGACAGUGUCUUUGGAGGAGUGGAUUCAAGGAGGAAUGACAACCAUCCCACUUCUUGUGCUCUUGGGCUUAGAAAAUAAUGUGAAGGAUGACGGACAGCAUGUGUGGCGACUCAAGCACUUUAACAAGCCUGCCUACUGCAAUCUCUGCCUGAACAUGCUGAUUGGUGUGGGGAAGCAGGGCCUCUGCUGCUCCUUCUGUAAGUACACAGUCCACGAGCGCUGUGUGUCGAGAGCGCCUCCCUCCUGCAUCAAGACCUAUGUGAAGUCCAAAAAGAACACAGAUGUCAUGCACCAUUACUGGGUGGAAGGCAACUGCCCAACCAAGUGUGAUAAGUGCCACAAGACAGUUAAAUGUUACCAGGGCCUGACUGGACUUCAUUGUGUUUGGUGUCAGACCACACUGCAUAAUAAAUGUGCCUCUCAUCUGAAGCCUGAAUGCGACUGUGGACCUUUGAAGGACCAUAUUUUACCGCCCACCACAAUCUGUCCGGUGGUAUUGCAGACUCUACCCACUUCUGGAGUUUCAGUUCCUGAGGAAAAGCAAGCAACAGUAAGAAAGGAAAAAGGCAGCUCCCAGCAGCCCAACAAAGGGACCGACAGAAACAAAAUGCAAAGGGCCAACUCUGUUACUGUGGAUGGACAAGGUUUGCAGAUCACUCCUGUUCCUGGCACACAUCCGCUUCUAGUUUUUGUCAACCCCAAAAGUGGAGGGAAGCAAGGAGAACGAAUUUACAGAAAAUUCCAGUAUCUGCUAAAUCCUCGUCAGGUUUACAGUCUUGCUGGAAAUGGACCGAUGCCAGGGUUGAACUUUUUCCGUGAUGUCCCUGACUUCAGAGUGUUGGCAUGUGGUGGAGAUGGAACUGUGGGCUGGAUUUUGGAUUGCAUAGAAAAGGCUAAUGUAGCCAAGCACCCUCCAGUUGCUAUUCUGCCUCUUGGGACUGGCAAUGACUUGGCAAGAUGCCUGCGGUGGGGCGGAGGUUAUGAAGGUGAAAAUCUGAUGAAAAUCCUGAAAGACAUUGAAAGCAGCACAGAAAUCAUGCUGGACAGAUGGAAGUUUGAAGUCAUCCCUAACGACAAAGAUGAGAAAGGAGACCCAGUGCCUUACAGUAUCAUCAAUAAUUACUUUUCCAUUGGUGUGGAUGCCUCCAUUGCCCACAGAUUCCAUAUCAUGCGAGAAAAGCACCCAGAAAAAUUCAACAGUAGGAUGAAGAACAAAUUUUGGUAUUUUGAGUUUGGCACAUCUGAAACCUUCUCAGCUACAUGCAAGAAGUUACAUGAAUCUGUAGAAAUAGAAUGUGAUGGAGUACAGAUAGAUUUGAUAAACAUCUCUCUGGAAGGAAUUGCUAUUUUGAAUAUACCGAGCAUGCAUGGAGGCUCUAAUCUUUGGGGAGAGUCUAAAAAAAGAAGAAGCCAUCGACGAAUAGAGAAAAAAGGCUCUGACAAAAGGCCCACGCUCACAGAUGUCAAAGAGUUGAAGUUUGCAAGUCAAGAUCUGAGUGACCAGCUGCUGGAGGUCGUUGGCUUGGAAGGAGCCAUGGAAAUGGGGCAAAUAUACACAGGACUGAAAAGUGCUGGCCGGCGACUAGCUCAGUGCUCCUCCGUGGUUAUCAGGACAAGCAAGUCACUGCCGAUGCAAAUUGAUGGGGAGCCAUGGAUGCAGACCCCAUGCACAAUAAAAAUUACACACAAGAAUCAAGCACCAAUGCUGAUGGGCCCUCCCCCCAAAACUGGGUUAUUCUGCUCCUUCGUUAAAAGAACAAGAAACCGAAGCAAGGAGUGACCUGCAUUAGCAUAAAUUUAAAUAACAUCAUUGGGCCAUGGAACACUUUGAACCAUUUCAAGUAGCCUGCUCUUGCAAAAUCAUGGAAUUGCUUUGAGUUUUUGUUACUGAGCUAAUGUAAAAUUCAGCUGUUAGAAAAUUUGUUGUCUGUUUUUAUAGGCGUCUUUGCAUGAAAACCAGCAGAAAUUUACAUGAAGUGAUACUGCAUAUUUCCUUGCAUGCAUUCCUAUAGGUUUUUCUGUCUCCUACUCACAUUUUGUCCCAUUUCCAUGUACUGACCAGUAAGAAAAAACCUGUGAAAGAGCCAAGAAAUAUCAUGGGAAAUGUGAUUCUCGAUGUAAUAACUAUCAUUGACAACACUAUUCAGUGAUGCUACAAUGAUCAUAAGUGCAGAUUGCUGUAUUUUCCCCUUUAGAACCAGUGUAUCAGUGAUAUUUGACUUAUGUCUUGAGAAGAAACUUAAUUCAAAGAUUUUAUUAAAUAGUUGACUCUGAUACCUUGCUAUAGCUAGGUAAUUUUUCUUCCUCAUCUAAACUCUUCUGAAUGGAAAUUAAAAUGUGAGGCAUAGGGUUUUCUUGUGCUAAAAAAAUAGGAAAUGGUUUUUAUUUUGUUUAAUUUUGGUUUUAAUUCCAAAAAAUAAGAGAAAACUAUGUUACUGGCAGUAAUUGUGAUACUAUGACAAGAUUUAAUCCUUUCUGCAUGAGAAUCUAGAUGAAAAUUCAUAAUCACACUAGUAGACAAAUAGAUGUUUUAAACUAUGUGCCUAAUGAAUGCAUUGCCCACCAAAGAUUCAGGAAAAAAAGUUGCUUGAGAGAAAUGGAUUGAUGCAUAAUUAAUUAAGCAUUGUGGAGCAAAUGUAUAGCUCUUAUGAUUAAUUUGUGACAACUAAAAUGCCAGAAAAGAGUGAGCUGCCUAUUUAUUAUGAUUUAAAUACCAUUCGCAAACAGUGGAUCAUGCAACACAGUCAAAGCUCAUUAGCUAAUCUCAUGGUUAUCUGGUCCUCUUACAACAUAGGAGUCUGUGAUUUUUAAUGGAUCCGUUAAGUGCACUUCAAGAAAGUAAACGAUCACAUCAGUUCCCUUCUACUGUAGAUUGGUACCUGUAAUAAUAUUGAGCUCACUGAAGCAAAUCAUGCUUGCAGUUAGCCACUUCCCACUCGAGUCCAGCCCCAUCUCCACAACAUCCCAAAUGUUUAUUUGAAAAUAUGUAAUGGCCGAGGUCACUGUUUAAGAUGUUCGUGGCAUGGGUGGAAUCUCUGACUGCUUAAAGCACUCAUGGAAUGAUCACUUUACAUGGUGUUUCUUAAAGUCUUAUAUAACAUGAAAUACUGAGCAGUCUUAGCAUUGUUCAGUCAUAUUGACCUGCACAUCAUCAUUGCAUGUUUUAUGUUUUCAAACAUAUCAUAAGGAAACAAGUGUAUGAAAUGCAUGAUUUAUUAGUUUUCUUAUCCACUGGGCACUAAAGUGCUAAUGAUUUAUCAGUUCUAUUUUUCUAUUGAUUUGUUCAUCUUUGAAUAACAAAUAGCAUUUAGCGAUUCUGUUGAACACAACCCUGUGCAUGGAUUUAUUGAUUUCAAGUGAAAUUGCUAUAAUUUUAGUUCUUUGGUUUGAAAACUCAAGUGAAUGCUGUUAUAUCAAAUCGCUACUCUCAAACAGUGUGUUGUAAUGGAAGAUUAUGUAUAAAGCAUAUUCUUUUAGUAUUCCAGGAACAUUGGAUGCUAAAUACCAAUCAACAAUAACUUUAAUUGCUUUAAAAAUAAAAGCCUUUGAAUAAAAUUAAGACAUAAUUUAGCAUACCCAGGAAAAUUAUGAUUAAAAUUGCAAAUUCUUUACAGCAAUCAUUUGCCCUAGCAUAAUAAUAAUAAAAUAGUUAUUCAGCAGAACAAUAAUCUAGACCAAAAGAAUGCUCAAAAGAGAAAUGCAUUGCUGACAUAAUAUUACAUAACACACACAUUGAUUUUGUGUUUCUAUGGUUACAGGUAAUAAAUAUUUUUACACAAAAUGAUGAGUUUUUUUCUACAAUGGGCAGGCAAAGCUUAUGACAAAAACAUUUUUGAAUCUUCAAAUUAUUUUAUGUUCAGUACAACACUAAUUCAGCAACAGUUUCUGAAUCAUUUUUAACCAUCUGUGCACUGGAAAUCUAUUGGAGAGACAGCAGGUUGAGGCAAAUUAAACAACUUGCUCAUGUGAUUUCAAUAACUGAAAUAACAGGCUACAGCUUUGCUGCAAUAUAGCUGCAUAACUAUUAUCAGUGCAAAGAGUAGUUACAUUUUCAGUCAGUUGGAUUCAUGGGUAACACUAAUAAACCUUCAAACAGGCAUCAAAUUUGACUUCUUUUCUCAACUCACUUUUUAAACAUACUGAUGUGCUUGCCCUUCAAGUACACUACUCCUGGGGUUUGAAAAGUAGUUUUUAAAAAUCUACUUUGAUGGUUUUGAAAUAAGAGAAGAUAUUCUCUUCUUUUUAUGACAGCUUCAUGUGAAGAAUAUAUAUUUUAAGGAAAAUUCUAAAUGGAAAGUUCUAUGGCAUAUUAAAAUACUGCAUAAUGAAUGCUAGCUUUACAAAACGGAAACUUUUCUUCUAGGUGUGUGGAUGUUUGAGGUGUUGAGUCAACCUCUUUUAACUAUAGUAGACAGUAGUAAUAGUGUUUAAUUGAAAUGAAUUUGAAUAUUAAUACUGGACUUACAAGGAGCAGAGAAUAUGGGGGGGUGAGGUUUUGCAUCCUGCUAAACACUGCCAUGCACUAAGUUGGUAAACAGAGAUGAUAACUCCAGAAUCAACCUAGAAAUGCACAAUUUUAAGAUAUAGGAAUGUGGUAUCUGUGGAACCACAAUUUCAAAGGACAUAAGUAUAUUUUCUCAUUUCCUUCCAUGUGUAUAUCAUAGGUAUUUGAUGUGAAAGUGAUGAUCAGUUUUUGUAAUAGAAGAAGAAAAUUUUUUAGGAAGUGACAUUAUAAUCACAAACAGCUUUUACUUCUGAACGGUCGAGUGAUUGUAACCAUUCUGGACUAAAUGGUCAGGUGUUUAGUGUAGACAGUUUACUGAAGGCAGAAAUGUGAAUCAGAGAGGGUUAAGAAUCAUGUGUUUGUUUCCACAGAUUGUUCAACUGUCCAUUUUUAGGGGCUGGGGAGCAAGUACAGCUCUGAAAGAAGAAUUUGUUUGAAUCUGAGAUUGUCUAUGCUAUUCAAAUAAAAUAGGACUUUUUGAUAGCACUGUUCCUUUUUCUGUCAGCAUGAGCUGGCUUCCUAUUGGUUCUGAAAAGAAACAUGAAGUUUCAUGACACAUUUAGCACUGAAAAAAUUAUUCAAUGCAUAACUUAUAUUCCACAUUAUCAGAUAAAACCCUUGUACCGUUGAUACUAUAGAAUUUUAAAAAAAGAAAUGAAUAAAACUCAGAAAUAAGCAUAACAUUCAUUUUGUGAUAGAAAUCACUCCCUUAAAACAAUUAAACUGCACUGUGUUUAAAUAAAGUUUGAGUAAACUCACAUUUGAACCUUUCUAUAUAUUCUUAUUGUGUUUAAAACAUGAGGUUCAUUUAAUUACAGUAUCUUAAUUAUUUUCUCAGA